UGUGGUUAAACAUAUUAAUGAAUGCUCAGUUAGACCUAUUAGUAAUGUUGAUAGGCUAAUUUGGACUUUAUUAUAAUGCUCAAAUACGUUUUGCAGCUCCAGACAAUUUUUUCGGGGGGUGGCGGCAUGAGUUUGGACUCCCAUUUUUAAGCUUAUGGCACAAUUGUGGUGCCUGUUGGAUGGAAAGGUGGGUAAAUACAAGUCUGCUUGACGUGGUAGCUGCCUCUGUGCAGUAUAUUUUUUGGCAUAAGGGAGAAUUCCUGAACACAAAAAUCCCUGCCACACCUUACUUUGACUACAGAUUAAUGCCACAAGUUUUUUACUUUUUUCAGAACAAUGUUUGAAGUCUCUACUAAGGGAGUGUCCUUGGAUCAGCAGCUAGCCUGUUGUAGUCUGCAAUUAGAAGCCUUGGGCAACACAGUCUUUUUCUCAUGGUCAGCUGACAUAGGCAAGAAUCUCACUGCACUUUUCUCCAGUCUCAGCCUCAGAUCAGCCUUCUUGGGACUUCUGAAUCCUGCGCACCAUGGGUUCUAUGUUCCGCAGCGAAGAGAUCUGCCUGGCUCAACUUUUCUUGCAGUCGGCUUCAGCCUAUGCUUGUAUUAGUGAACUGGGUGAGCGUGGACUUGUGGAGUUCCGUGAUUUGAACCCCCAUGUCAGUGCCUUCCAGCGACGUUUUGUGGGAGAAGUGCGGCGGUGUGAAGACAUGGAAAAAGCCUUCACUUACCUGGCACAGCAGGUGCAGAAGGCAGGACUGAUGUUGAAACCUCCUGAGAAGAGUCUGCCAGCCCCACUUCCUCGUGAUGCCUUGCAAAUCCAGGAGCAGUCAGAGACUCUAGUGCAGGAGUUGCGGGAAGUGAGCCGCAACCGCGAUGCACUGGUUGACCGGCUGCAGCAGCUGCAAGAACAUGCUCAGGUGCUGCAAGAAGGACAACACUUCACUGGUCAACUGCAGGUGCAGUUAGGUUCACCAACUGACCCCCGUACCUUCUCUGACCGGGAUCCUCUGCUUGAUCCAUCCAUGGCACAGCAACUUGACCUCAGAAUAAACUUUGUGGCAGGUGUGAUCCACCCAUUGCGAGUGAGUUCCUUUGAAAGACUGCUGUGGCGCGCAUGCCGUGGCUACCUUGUUGCUAACUUCACAGAGAUACCUGAGUCCAUGGAAGACCCAGCCACGGGUGAGAGAGUCACGUGGGUUGUCUUCGUCAUCUCCUACUGGGGUGAGCAGAUCGGACAGAAAAUCCGCAAAAUCGCUGCCUGUUUUCACUGCCACAUGUAUCCAUAUCCUGAAGAAGAGGUUGACCGCAUAGAGACCUUGUAUAGGCUUCGCACCCAGAUUGAAGAUCUCAACUUGGUAUUAGGCCAGACAGAACAGUUUCUGGGCCAGGUUCUUGAAAAGGUGCUGUUGAACCUGCCUGCUUGGCGUGUGCGAAUACAGAAGAUGAAGGCCAUCUAUUUCAUCCUGAACCAGUGCAGCAUUAACAUCACUGACAAGUGCCUCAUUGCUGAAGCUUGGUGCCCUGUCCGCGCUCUACCUGCUGUGCAGCAAGCCCUGCGUGAGGGAUCGAACCAGGCAGGUUCUGGGGUGGAGUGCUUUGUACAUCGGGUCCCGUGUUCGGAGAACCCUCCCACUCUCAUUCAUACCAACAAGUUCACUUCCGGCUUCCAGAACAUCGUCAAUGCCUAUGGGGUGGCCAGCUAUCAGGAGGUGAAUCCAGCUCCUUAUACCAUCAUCACUUUCCCCUUCCUGUUUGCUGUCAUGUUCGGGGAUGUUGGCCAUGGGCUGCUGAUGUUCCUUUUUGCCCUCUGGAUGGUACUUUGUGAAAAUCGCCCUGCCAUGAAGAAGGUGGAAAAUGAGAUCUGGCAGAUGUUUUUUGAAGGCCGCUAUCUCAUCCUACUGAUGGGGGCCUUCUCCAUCUAUACUGGCUUCAUCUACAAUGAAUUCUUCAGCAAAGCUACCACAAUCUUCCCAUCUGGUUGGAGCGUCUCUGCCAUGGUCAAUCACUCAGGAUGGAGUCCAGAUUAUUUAAGUUCGCACCCUGUCCUUACCUUGAUCCCCGAUGUCACAGGAGUUUUUAAAGGUCCUUAUCCUUUUGGUAUAGAUCCGAUCUGGAGCUUGGCUGUCAACCGUCUCACCUUCUUGAACUCCUUCAAGAUGAAGAUGUCUGUGAUCCUGGGAAUAGUUCACAUGAGCUUUGGUGUGUUUCUUGGAAUCUUCAACCAUAUUCAUUUCAGGCACCUAUACAAGCUGCUGCUGGUUUUUCUUCCGGAGAUUAUCUUCCUACUGGUGCUGUUUGGAUACCUUGUAGUCUUGAUCUUUUAUAAAUGGCUGAUGUUUGAUGCCUCUCAGUCCCAGAGUGCACCCAGCAUCCUCAUCCACUUCAUUGACAUGUUCCUUUUCACAGAGAACAAAGACAACAAGCCUCUUUUUAAUCACCAGACAACUAUACAGAAUGUGUUGGUAGUGAUGGCCUUGGCCUCUGUACCUGUCAUGCUGCUGGGGACACCCUUGUACCUUUGGAGACAGCAUCGGCAUGGGACCUCUCCUUCCUUGCAUCCAUCUAGCUCAGAGGAGUGCCAGCCUCUGUUAAAUUCAACAGAGCCAAGCAGCUCUGUGAAUGUUGCUGAAAAUGACACGAAUCACACAAGACUCAAAGGAGAAUCAAAGUUUGAGUUUUCUGAUGUGUUCAUGCAUCAGGCAAUUCACACCAUCGAAUAUUGCCUGGGCUGCAUCUCUAACACUGCUUCCUACCUACGACUCUGGGCCCUCAGCUUGGCCCAUGCACAGCUCUCAGAGGUCCUAUGGAACAUGGUGAUGAGGAAUGGCCUCCACAGAACAGGCUACCCAAAUGCGGUACUAAUUGUACCUGUCUUCGCAUUCUUCGCUGUGCUGACUGUGGCAAUCCUGCUCGUGAUGGAAGGGCUGUCAGCUUUCCUGCAUGCCCUGCGUCUACACUGGGUGGAAUUCCAGAACAAAUUCUAUGCAGGUGCAGGCUACCCAUUCAUCCCGUUUUCCUUCACUGUUGAUUCCUGGGAGUGAGAGAGACGACUGCUUCUUCCUGAACCCUGAUGAUGCCCUGGGCAAAUAGACUGACUCAUGCACAUUUUCCAUACCUGAGCAACUGUCUCCUUUAUCCCUCUUUCCUCCAGUUGUGUCUCCCAAUCAACCAGAAGAUGCAACAGUGCUUCUUUACCCCAGCAUCUGUUUUGGAGGAGGGACUGCUUAUCUAUAUUUUUUAUCUCCAUUACUUUUUUAGCAAUGUUCUACUCUGCCAGUAAGGGUAUGGUGGUAUUUAAGAUGCUGUUCUGGAAUCAGGUUUUCCUAAGACCUAAAUCCUACAUCAAGUCAUAUUAUUUCCAGUACUUAAUCCGUUAUGACUUGCAACUGAACCAGUCUGCCUUAUAGAUGCCACUGAGAAGGAAAUGUUACCUGAAGGAGCAACAGAGAAUGGAGAGCCAUAUCAGCACAUUUUUUUUGUAAUAAGGCUGUCCUGUGACAUUGUUUGUCCUUACAGUUGGCUCUACUUGGUCAAGGAGCAGCAUUGCUCAUUAAUAACAGAGGACAAGAGACUCAGCCCAGACACGAUGAGCCUUGCCCACAUGAGAAGAUUUCCAUAAUGUAGUAUUCUGCGCUAAAAUUCUAUCAGUGUUAAUUUCCAGAUUGGCAUCUCUGUCAGAAAACUGGACAAGAAACUGGGCAUGGCCCUUUGGUGGCCAAAUGCACAAUAAGGGUCUGCAGAUAAACCCCAUGUCCCUCACGUUAGCCAGCUUUGAAGGAUCUGUCUGUCCAGCCAACAACUGACACUUGGUGGUUCAUCUAAGGAAAGGGGCUCAGGGGGUGACGUCUGCUAUUUUUCAGUGCCCUCUUUGCCAGCUGCUUAACAGAACUCAGCACAUCAAGUCAAACCUGAAAACCAGCAGAGGGGCUGCUGCCCUGAUUGCAGAACAACCGUCCUUCACAUUGAAGGCAAGGUCAGAGCAGCCCCUCUUGUCCCAUCUUACUCUGCCCUGCCUCUUGGAGAAGGCAACACUGUAAAGCGAGCUGUCUAGAAUUUCAUGCUAGAUAUAUCCUGCCAACUCCAUAAUAAGUCCAUUGUGCAAUUAAACAAAUAAAAUUCUCUACCUGCACUUCCA